AUGGGUUCCUUGCCGAUAAAACUAUCCCCUAAAAGACUAGACCUACAAGGUAUCCGUGGUCUUGCUAUAAUUGCAGUUCUAGGCUUCCACUUCUACCCUGACACCUUCCCAAAUGGAUAUCUUGGAGUUGAUCAAUUCUUUGUUCUAUCUGGAUUUCUUAUGUGUAUGCUUUUGAAGAGAGCUAAAAAAGAGCCACCAUGUACUUUAAUAACAAUAUUCUAUACCAAAAGAUUCAGAAGAAUUCUACCACUUUACCUACUUGUCAUUUGUUGCUCCAUGAUUUGUCUCUAUGCAUUUUUCCCGGAAAUCGUAGUUGAAACAAAUCAAAAGUCUGCAUUGAGGGCUUUAUUUUUUGUGUCAAACACUCAAAAAACUGAAGCGCAAAACUAUUUUAUGAAACUAACAAAAGCAAUGGACAUCUUCACACAUACCUGGUCAUUGUCUGUUGAGGUUCAAUUCUACUUCCUAAUUCCCUUCAUUUUCCUGCUAGCAGCCAAACUUCCAUCGAAAUUUGAAAUUAAGUACUACGCAUUUAUAGGAAUUGUCUCAUUUUCAUUUUUCUUCUCAUCACCUCAAUCGGUAGCUUUCAAUAGCGUUUUUGCAAGGAUAUGGCAGUUUUCAAUAGGCAUAAUUGUGUACCUUCUUGAAUAUUCAAAACUGCAAAACAGAAAAGAGACUCAAGCAUUUGAGAGCUUGCUCAUUGAUGAAGACUGCAAAAAUAUGAAAAAGCAACCAUCUUCAAGCUAUCCUGGUUUUACAAGAGGCAUUGCCUAUUUGUUAAUGAGCAGUCUUGUGCUCAUAGUUUCACUUUCAAUUCCAUUGAAUGUUUCAAUUGCAAGACCAUUAUUGACUAUUGGGACUGGGUGUUUAAUGCUUAUAUCUGAAGGCAACGCAGUUCUAUCUAAUAGAGUGUUAACCUACAUUGGUGAUAUCUCAUAUUCACUUUAUCUAGUUCAUUGGCCUAUUUAUGCCUACUGGAAGCUUACUAAUGAAGACAAUAAGUCAUUGCUAGUUGUGGCAUUGCUCAAUUCAAUUCUUCUGGCGGUUUUUGUAUUUGAAAUAUUCGAAAAAUGGUACCUCAAACUAACUUCUUCAAAACUUGCAUUGCUCGUCAUUUUACUAUUCUCACUCAAUAUGGUUCUAGUCAAUCGUGAUGAAUUUGCAAAUCAAAUGGAAAUUAACCGAAAUGACACCAACACCCGACAAAACCGCACCUCAAAUGCAGUUACAAGGCAUUUGCUGAUACAUAAUGUCAGCGACGAUAUGACUAUUGAUGAUGCAAUUCGACUGAAUAAUGACUGGAACAUUCAUGAUAUUCAAAACUUGAACGUCCCGUACUGCAAAUAUGAAACACAAGGCCCGCUUGCAUGGUGCAGUCAUCAGGGUCUAAAUGCAACUUCAAAGUACAAGUUAAUGAUCAUUGGAAAUAGUUGGACAGCAAAUCACGGUACCUUGUUUCAUCAAGAAUGUGGUUAUAAAGCAAAUAGUAUUAUACAGGGGUCUUUUUCGGAGUGCGAAAUGAUUCAUACCACUUUCAAUCGAGAAGAAUGCAUAAAUUAUUACAAAAGUUUCCGAGAUCGCGUAAAAAAAGAGAAACCUGAUUACUUAUUCAUAGUUAUACGGUAUUUAACGGUUGGUGAUCCGAUGCCAAAGAAUGUCACAGAGUUUAAUGAUGACCCAAUCUAUCAAUCAAUGAAAUCUCAGCUUCUUGAAUUUCUGUCAGGUACAAAGCGCAUGAUUUACAUCCUGAAUGCCUUGCCAUCACACAAUAACCCAUUGACAAGAGAGAUUAUGCCAUGGCUUAAACAAGGGAUAACGCCUAUUGAAGUUGAGAAACGCUUAGGUCAUGUGGCAGGCAUGCCGUUCAAACAGGCAACCUAUGAAUUAGCCCGGAAAAGAUAUGCGGAGCUAGUGAAAGAGUGCAAUGGGCGAUGUGGUCUGGUGGAUUACAAGCUUGAAUUCUAUAACAAUGCUACUAAAACCUACAAAUUAUUUGAUGAGCGAGGAUUUGAAUACUUCACCUCAGGGAUACACAUCUCACCACAUGGAUUGGAAAAAGUUCGGCACAUUUGGACGGAUGUUUGUGCGAAAUUAUGAUGAUCCUGAAGUAUUAGAGUUUUCAGUAUUUAAACUUUGUAAUAGGUAGUAUUAAUAAAUGGUCUCAAAUA